AUGAAGUAUAGGACGACAAGUGAUAGGAGGAAAGGAGCGGCGAUUUCAAGCUUUUCCGAUCUACCGUCCCUUUUCCCCUUUAACCCUAACCCCAUUCGCUCUCGAUCAAACCGCAAUUCUCCAUUUGUCCCCUCUGCGACUUCAACGGCGACACAACUUCUCUAUCAGCUGAUACCACGAAUCUUCAUACGCAUAUACCCUUUACAAUUUUUUUUCACGAGAGAGGUGUGGAGCAAGCUUGGUCGUAUGCAACAGAGGAAUCGAGUAAAGAGCAAGUUGGAAGAACUUAAUCAUAUUUGCACUGCUACAAAUGGUGGCGAAUUCCGAUUCUGUGGGAAUUAA